CCGGUUGCUAAGCUGCAGUGGAGCAGUCAGAGCCGUCAACAAGUUUCAUCUGCACCUUUUUCUGCACAAAAUCUGCUUUUUUCACGCUUAAAAAUACACUUUUAGGACCUCUCCGAUGGUAGACGACACCCGAAACUCACAGGUGGAGAGUCCAGACUGAAGCAGAGACCUGUGUGUUUCUUCAGACCGACCCUGAUGCUCUAACCUGCGUCCAGUCUGUGAUUGAAAAUGGCCGCUGUCGGCUCCACCAAGAUCUCAUGGAGACUGCAGGAGUUCGCGGCCCACACCAGCACCGUGUCCUGUCUGUCUCUGGGGAAAAGCUCAGGGCGCCUUCUAGCGACCGGAGGAGAGGACUGCAGGGUGAACAUCUGGGCCGUCAGCAAAACCAACUGCAUCAUGAGUCUGACGGGCAGUAAGAGUCCGGUGGAGUGUCUGCAGCUCAACGCCUCAGAGGAGCAGGUCGUGGCCGGGUCUCAGUCCGGAUCCAUCAAGAUCUGGGACCUGGAGGCCGCCAAACUUUUACGCACUUUAAUGGGACACAAAGCAAACAUCACGAGUCUGGGCUGUCACCCGAUGUCUGAAAACUUCCUGGCCUCAAGUUCUAUGGACACGAAUAUUAAGCUGUGGGACGUCCGGAGGAAAGGGUACAUCUUCAGAUAUCAGGGUCACACAGAGGCAGUGAGGAGUUUGGCCUUUAGUCCUGAUGGGAAGUGGUUGGCUUCAGCGAGUGACGACUGCACAGUGAAGUUGUGGGACCUGGGAGCGGGCAAAGCCAUCACAGAGUUCAAGUCUCACUCUGGAGCCGUCAACAUCGUCCAGUUUCAUCCCAACGAGUAUCUGCUGGCUUCAGGCAGCGCAGACAGGACGAUCAAGUUGUGGGAGCUGGAGAAGUUCACAUUGGUCGGCUCUUUGGAGGGAGACACCAGCGCGGUCAGGUCUGUCUGCUUCAGUCCCGACGGCUCGUGUCUCUACAGCGGCUCCUCGGACACUCUCAGGGUUUUUGGGUGGGAGCCCGAGCGCUGCUUCGACGUGGUGUCUGUGGGCUGGGGCAAAGUGUCCGACCUCUCCAUCUGCAACCAACAGCUGAUCGGAGCGUCCCACCACCUCUCCACUGUCUCCACCUUCGUUGUGGAUCUGAAGCGGGUGAAGAAGAACGGAGGAGCCGUGAUCCAGGGAAUUAUCCAGGACGACCAGCCCCUGUCUGCUCCGAGUGAACACAAAGGAGGAGCACUGAGACGCAGCUACGAGAAGCCCACCACUACCUGCGCCGCCCAGAGGGUGAAGAAGAACUCAGAGGGGGACAGACACAGUCCAGAGGGAGAGCGGCGCAGUCCCAGUGAAGACGAAGGAGACGAGAAACUGUCCUCAGCCGAAAUCCACAAUGCAGACGACUACAAGGAGAUCUUCCAGCCCAAGAACGCCAUCUCUCGGACUCCUCCAAAGUUUCAUGAACCUUUUCCUGCUCCACCUGAAGAUGAGUCUGUUCUGGGCAUAACUCGCAAAAUGAAGGACAUCGCUCCAUUUUCUGAAAAGCAACAAGUUCCUCCGAUUGCUCAGUCCACACCGGUGCAGAGAGUGGAGCCCACAGUAGUGUCGUGUGCAAAGCGCCCUCUACCUCCGGCUGACCCCCCCACAGCCUGGCCCCCUCCUCCCCCCGCUGCACCUGUUGUCGCUGCACCUGUCCCCACUGCACCUGUCACAAUACCUGCUCCGGGCGUCACCAAAGCCAAACCGCACCCUCCUCCACAGCAGCAGCAACAGCCCAAAAGCAACCCGCCCAAAAUCAUCCUCAGCUCCAGGAACGAACCCAUCGGACUCAACGUGGCCGACUUCCUGCCUCCCUCUGUUAAUAACCGUGCCGGGGCCCUGAGUGAGGAGGAGGCUCUGUCGCAGAUAAAGAAAGGUCACGACACCAUGUGUGUGAUGCUCAGCAGCCGACACAAGAACCUGGAGACGGUGAGAGGCGUCUGGGCCAGAGAAGACAUCAAGAGAGCUCUGGACACGGCUGUCUCUAUGAACGACUUGGCCAUCGUCGUGGACAUCCUCAACAUCAUCAACCUGCAGCCGGCAAUCUGGAAGCUGGAUUUAUGCAUGACCGUUCUUCCUCAGAUCGAUAAACUACUGCAGAGUAAAUACGAAAGUUACAUGCAGACCGGCUGCACGUCCCUGAAGCUCGUCAUGAGGCAUUUCUGGUCCCUGAUCUCAGACACGUUAAAGGCCACGCCGUCGGUCGGAGUCGACAUCACACGAGAGGAAAGACACCAGAAGUGCCGCGUGUGCUGUAAGCAGCUGAAGAACCUCAGUAACAUCGUCAAGAACAAGUCUUCGUACGUCGGUCGCCACGGCAGCGUCUUCAAAGAGCUGCAGCUCCUGAUGGCUCCUCUGGACGACGCUGCGCUCUGAGAUGAGACCGGACUGAAAAAUCAAACGAAAACUGGACUGAAGCAAAAAUGUCCGCGCGAAACUACUGGAGAUUCAGGCUCUUCCAGAAGUUCGGACGUGGAGUUAGACAAAUUAUGUGGACAAUCUUUUUUUUUUUUUUUCGAUAACUGUGAUUUGUGCCUGAAGAUGGAUUUCAAAACAAAAGCCUUAGAAAUACAGUGAAACUUUUGCACUUAUGAAGAAAAAGCUUUUGCACUGGGCUUUUGUAAACUAUUUAAAUACAUUUUGACUGGUUGGUCUGGUUAGAAGUUUCAGAAUUAUCCCAUCAAAAUUACCAUAAUAAUAAUAAUAUUCCAUAAUGGCGUUAAAUCUACUGGACCAAAGAGUUGACUAGACUCUAAAAAACAGAUAUUAAAAAUUGCCCAAAUGCCUCCUCAUGCGCAUUACUACUAUUACUUAUCUCUUUGCCCGGAAUGUUCCACAGUAUGGCAUUUUAAAAACUCAAAAUGCGGGCUCACCUCUCCACAGACCUGACCUCACUUGCUUGUAGAUAGUAAGUUUAAUGUCCUACUGUGAAAUAUUCCUGGCAAAGCACUAACUAACUAACAUCUCCAUAGAUAUUCUGGUAACCAACCGCGCAUCAGAAAUGUUACAGAGUGCGUCUUUAACAAUGUCAAAUAUCACAGUUGAUACGUUGCAGCUUUCGUCAACAUUCUUUGGGGGUGUGAAGCCAGUGGUGUAGUGGCGAUUUUAUAAGUGGGGGUACGCGAUUUGUGACGUCACCAGCCCCCUUUGCAUGCUGAAAUACACACAGGUGUCAUAUAGAUUAUUUUAUUCAGUUUGACACUUAAGUUAAGUGACACUUAAGUGUGUGGACGGUGAACCCCCACGUGCCACGCCCACUACACCCCUGUGUGACGCUAACUGGAAGCACUGCUCUGUCUGAAGCUGUUAUUCAAUUUAGACAAAAUAACAAGGACUGAAAAUGUGUUUAAUCCAUUCAGUAUAUAUUUAUUUCUUCAGUUUUCAAACAUUCUAAAAACGGGAAGUGUUUGCUUAUGUGUGCGUUGUGUCACCGCGGUAACUGCUGAACAUUCCUCCACAGACGUGCACGCACGCAGCGGGAUGUCACCACAAAGUAUCACUCUUCACGAUCUCAGUGGAAUCUCCCAGUUCAAUUCUAAACGAUUGAAUUAAAGUUAAAGAGGAAAGUGCCUAAUUCGAACCAAAAAUCCACCAAAAGGCUUACGAGAAGAAAAAGAAGUGUUUUCCCAUGUCCUUUUCUACAUUUUCUGAAUUGUAAAGACACUAUUUUAACAAAUGUUCAUGUAAAUAAAAGUAAAAUGUUGGGAUUAAAAUGAGGAGUUACA